AUGUCGGCGUUCCGUCGUUGCCUCGUCGUGAAGGACACGGCUGCGCUCCUCAAGCUCGAGAACAAAGAGGGCAUCCCGCGGGAGUCCGCCUACCUCGGCCCGUUCAGCGCGUCCACAUCCCAGCGUCGCAGUGAGUUCGCAAAUUCCGAACUUCCGGGAGACACCGUCUUCGUCGAGGCCACUUCAGGCACGGUCGGCGCCAUCGUCGUGCAGCUUUCCAAAGCGAACGGGUGCCGCGUGAUCGUGUCCACGGGCGCGCACGAGAAGUUCGCGUACGUCGCGUCGCUCGGGCCCGACGCCGUGUUCAACUACAAGCUGGUGCCGACAACGAAGGUCCUUGAAAGGGAGGGCCCGAUCAACAUCUAUUGGGAUAACGUCCGCGGAGAGGUGCUCGAAGCCGCGCUCAAGCAGGCGGCGACACACGCGCGCGUGAUCGUGCGUCCCCUCCCAGUCGCUGCCCUCUUUCGCGUCGCGUUCUCCCAUCGUCGCUGGCGUCGUCGGUUUCAAUUUAACUGGAUCUGCGGGAGCGCCUCGACGUACGGCACCGCGGGGCCGUACGACGUCAAGAACCUGCAGGUGCCACCGUGGAAGGAGAUCCGCAUGAACGGCUUCCUCGUCGCUGCGCUCGAGCCGAAGUACCAAGAAGAGUUCUACCGCGAGGUGCCGGCGAAGCACGCGAAGGGCGAGGUCAAGUACAAGGAGGACUUUGUGCGCGGGCUCGAGAAGAGCCCGGAGGCAAUCGUGGAGGUGCACAAGGGUGAUGACUUUGGGAAGAGCGUGCUCGUUGUUGGGGAGGAAUGA